AUGGUGGCGGAGGUUAGCAGAUCAGAGAGUGGAUAUGGGUGGACAGUGGUAGUAGCUGUGUUUUUUAUCUACGUGAUCGAAGUAGGAAUACAAGCGAUAACUGGAAUAAUCCACACUGAACUGGUCAAGUCGACGUCUGCUGACCUGGCGGUGAUCGGUUGGAUUGGUUCUUUGAUGGUCGGACUCUGUACGCUGGCAGCACCAUUUGUGUCCGUCCUGACGCAGCUGGUAUCCUGUAGAAUUCUGCUUAUCAUCGGAAAUCUAUUAAUCAGUCUAGGAUUCUUCUGCGCAGCCUUUACUUCGUCAGUUCCGGUGUUGAUUUUGUGUCUCGGAGUUCUUCCAGGAAUCGGUAUGAAUUUAGCUCAGUUCUCUUCCACUAUCUUACUCAAAGGAUAUUUCGUGCAGAAGUUUCCUCUUGCCAUUGGAAUUUGUCUGUCUGGUUCUGGUGUUGGUAUGAUAGGAUUCCCCCCGUUUUUUGUUUACUUGCACACAAUCUUCGGAAUUAAAGGAGCCUUCCUUAUGUGUUCGGCCAUUUCUUUGAAUUGUGUCGUAUUUUCCUGCCUUUCAAAACCAAGCAAAUUUCAAUCUCGAAAAAAACCAUCGGAAAAGAGAUUUUCAAUUGCAGAGCUCUUUGACUUUAGCCUUUUUAAAUCGCUUAACUUUGUUUUGUUUGUGACGGCUCAUCUGUUAUUCAACAUUGGUUACGCUGCUCCUUUCACUUACUUGCCAAUCAAAGGAGAGGAGGAGGGCUUCUCGGAACAGUCGUCUGCUCUUUUCAUAACAUCACUGGGAGCCGGAAGUUCGAUAGGAAGAAUAACGUUUGGAUGGUUCUCUGCGAAGUUUCCGCGUGUUCGUAUCCCAGCAUAUCUUGCUGCGGUGUUCAUGGCUACACUGUCCACACUUCCGGUGGCCAUUUCCUCCUCCUAUCCAUUAAUAUUGGUCUGCUCAGCGGUUCUUGGCGCGAGUUCAGGAAUCAUCCACACAGAGAUACCUACAUUACUGAUGGGAAUGUUGGGAGUAGACUGGUUACCUAGUAGCUUAUCUAUAACAGCUCUUCAGCAAGGUAUUGGAUCUUUAGUUGGAAUACCAAUUACAGAAAUGAUAUGUCGAACUGCUGGGAACAACAAUAUUGCAUUUUUCUUCACCUCUGGCGUCCAUGCAGUCGCCCUUCUACUCAUGGUACUGUCUUUCUACUUACCUGACAGAGGUUUACACAACUCACAUGUACAAACACAGAAAUUAGAGGGGGAAAUUGGAGUAUCCAAACCGGAAGUCUUUGUUGUCGAUUUAUCGGAUCCGAACAUCAACGGUCCAACGGCAGCUUAAUGUCAAAAAGUCAAUCGAAUAUUUGUUACGAGUAUUUUCUAAUACAAUGUACAUCAUUAGUUAUAUAUUUACGUCUUAUCGUUGUCUUCGAUGCUAACAUAUUUUUUGAAAUUUUAUGCAUGUUUAAUGUUAAUUUUAUCAAAUUGUUUUUUUUUUAUUCGCUGUUGUUUAUGAACACUGAUGAAAAAUGAAUUCAUUAUUAUAUGAUUAUAAUGAUAGCUCUUCUCUCCGGAAGUUCUUAUUCAUCAUUGCAUUAAAUGGUCAAAGAUCUACGGAAGAAUCAACUUUUGAAUCAGCCCAGGCAUUUUUACAUUUGUGGGUCUAUAAACGUAGUAUUUGUAAUAUAAAUAAAAUCUUGUUUUCAGCCA